CGCCGCCGUCGUCAAAUUCCGCCACCUCCGGUCCAAAGUCACCAACUUCUUCGUGAUCUCCCUGGCGGUGUCGGACCUGUUCGUGGCGGUGCUGGUGAUGCCCUGGCGGGCGGUGUCUGAGGUGGCCGGCUGCUGGAUAUUCGGCCGCUUCUGCGACACGUGGAUCGCCUUCGACAUCAUGUGCUCCACGGCCUCGAUACUGAACUUGUGCAUCAUCAGCAUGGACCGCUACUGGGCCAUCUCCAGCCCGUUCCGCUACGAGCGGAAGAUGACCCAGAGGUUCGCCUUCGUGAUGAUCGGCGUGGCGUGGACCCUCUCCAUUCUCAUCUCCUUCAUCCCCGUUCAGCUCAACUGGCACCGGGCGGAGGUGGACAACUCGACGCGGGGCAGCACCAUCGAGGACUGCAAGGCGAGCCUGAACAGGACGUACGCCAUAUCCUCCUCGCUGAUCAGCUUCUACAUUCCCGUGCUGAUCAUGGUGGGCACGUACACGCGCAUUUUCCGGAUCGCCCAGACCCAGAUCCGGAGGAUUUCCUCUCUGGAGAGAGCCGCGGGGCCCCGUGCGCAAAACCAGAGCCGGCAGCAGAAGCGCGCGUCGAACCACGAGGAAAGUGCCCUGAAAACGUCUUUUAAGAAGGAAACCAAGGUUCUGAAGACCCUCUCCGUCAUCAUGGGGGUGUUCGUGUUUUGCUGGCUGCCCUUCUUCGUUCUCAACUGCGUGGUGCCGUUCUGCGACCUCAACAAACUCGGGGACCCGCUGUGCGUGAGCCACACCACCUUCAACACCUUCGUCUGGUUCGGCUGGGCCAACUCCUCCCUGAAUCCGGUCAUCUACGCGUUCAACGCCGACUUCAGGAAAGCCUUCUCGACCAUUCUGGGCUGCAACAAGUACUGCUCCAGUUCCACGGUGGAGACGGUCGAUUUCAGCAACGAGCUGGUGUCCUACCGCCACGACACCACCCUCCAGAAGGAGGCCACCGGCCCCGGCCCCGGGGCGCAGCGGCUCCAGUGCAUAGCCGUGCGCAGCGGCGAGGACCCGGACCAGCACUUCGAUAAGGUCUCCGACAUGUCGGACGUUUCUCGGAACCAGCGGAACCUGCUUUUGCCCGCCAUACUGCAGCUUGAGUGCGAGGCGGAGAUCUCUCUAGACAUGAUGCCGUUCAACUCCUCUGGACCCGCCGACUGCUACGGUAUACCGGGUCAAAUCCAAGAUCCGUGAGACUUCCCGGACCGGUCUGGGGACACGUUCUGUGAGUCUGUCCGACACGUGUCGGACCUCUUUCCGUUCAAAGCUGCAGAAAACAACUUGACUUGAGUUCACUGUGGGACACUCGACAAAUCCGAUGUUCUUCAAG